GUGAAGCUCCACACUCGAGCACGUAUAAGAUCAACGGCAGAAGAUGGAAUAUUUCUCCGGACCUCUUCAUUCCGUGUCUAAUGAGGAAAGUGUGCGGAUGAAGCAUUAUCUACAGGGAAUGUGUUCAGCCGACACGUCCAACCACUGCAGCUAGCAAGACUAUUUAAGACUCCCUGUCUUCUUUUGGCUCGCAUUUUCAUCUUAAUCUUGUUUACCCUACACGCAACAGAGCAAACAUGGUCAUAAACUCGGGUUUCCCCUUCCUUGCUGCAGCAUUAGGUCUGUUCAGCUUAGCCAACGCUUCACCGAACAGCCAUUCAAACAAAGGACAUUAUCCUGGCUGGGCCGGAAUCAAGCACAUUUUCGCUUUUGGUGACUCGUAUACGACCACAGGCUUCGACCCCUCUCUUACACAGCCCGGUCCUGGUAACCCACUCGGCAACCCAAUCUAUCCGGGUUACACCUCAUCCAAUGGACCGAACUAUAUCGACUACCUGACUACAGCAUACAACAAAUCAUUCAUCGAGACCGUCAAUCUAGCAUAUGGUGGAGCAACCGUCGAUGGUACUCUUGUAGCACCCUACAAGCCUAGCGUCUUGUCUGUCAAGCAGCAAGUCGAGUCCCAGUUUCUCCCAAUCUACGCCUCCCACUUCUCCCCCGUACCAUGGUCCUCGUUCGACACGCUCUUCACGAUCUUCAUCGGCAUCAACGACGUUGGCAACAGCUAUGCCUCUCAAAACGCGACCCUCUUGUCUACAAUCUUCACCGAGCUCUCCGGUCUAGUAGACCAACUCUACACCACCGGCGCCAGGAGCUUCCUCUUUAUGAACGUACCACCCGUCGACUUGUCACCACUCACCCAAGCAGCCGGUCCAUCAUCUCAAGCCAUCGAAGCCGCCGACAUAGCCGACUGGAACCACCGCAUCACCACUUUAUCGAAAUCUCUAUCCCAAAAAUACACCGAUACCACAAGUUUCCUCUUCGACACCCACAAGGUCUUUUCUCGCGUGAUCGAGCAUCCCUGCGCUUAUCCACAAACUUGUGCCUAUCAGAAUACCACGGCAUAUUGUCAAGCUUAUGAAAAUGGAACUCCUUCGCCUACGUCCUUUGAUCCUGGGUGUGGGAUUUCGGUGGACAAGUAUCUUUGGUUGAACACUUUGCAUCCGACUUUUAGAAUGCAUGAUGCUAUUGCUUCGCAGAUUGUCAAGUUGAUAAAGUGAGGAGGUGGAGAGUUGAGGUAGCGAUGGCAGGGAACAAUGAUGAUAAUGCAUCAAACAGUAGCCAUGAGUGAGAAGAGCGGUUACUGUAGGUCCGUG